ACCGCCGGCAUGGCAUUCAAAUCUGGCAUUGUUUUCUUCACUAUCGUAAUGGGAUGUCUAGCUCUGCCGACUCCCGAUACGGAUUUGUCGCAGUUCUUCGAGCAUUUGGAUUUGAAUGCCCAGGGCCGCAUCGUGGGGGGAAUCUUAGCCCCUGAAGGCUCCCACCCACACAUGGUGUCCAUGUGUACCGGGAUGCGAGUCAGGAAUCUGAUUUGCGGAGGUUCCAUACUCACCCAGAGGACCGUCCUCACUGCCGCCCACUGCAUCGUUGCCGUAUUCAGAUUCGGAUCCCUCAGCAGUGAACUCCGCAUAAGAGUGGGCUCUAACCGCUGGAACAACGGAGGUGUCAUGUAUACUCUGUCAUCUAACGCGACCCACGAGCAUUACGAGUCUACUUCCAGGAAGAACGACUUGGGCGUUCUUUACACCCGCACCCCGAUAGUGUUCAGUGAAACCAUUUGCGCGAUUGCUCUCGACUUCGAGCAUGUCGGUGCUGAGAUCCAGACCAGAGCCGCUGGCUAGGGAAGGACCAGAACUGCAGGAUCAGUUUCGAAUUUGCUGAUGGAGUUGGAUGUUAUUACGAUGUCGGGCCCUCGCUGCGUGGAGGAGAUGGCUCGCACGGUAACCUCGCCAGUCGUGGAACCCAACAUAGAACUGUGCACCAGACACCCCAACGGGUCAGGACGUGGCAUGUGCACCGGUGACUCCGGCAGCGCGUUGGUGCGUCUUGACCACGGCUCACAGAUUGGCAUCGUGUCGUGGGGCGUGCUGUGCGCGCGCGGCGCUCCCGACAUUUUCGUGCGGGUCAGCGCUUACGAAAACUGGCUCCAGAAACACAUCCGCUAAAACAAAAAUACUGACCCUGAAUACUAUUCGCUCAGGUUUCAAUUGUCGUUAACGCCACUACGACCAAAAAUUGUCAGAAAUCUAAAACAAUAAAUCA